GGCGUGGGAUGCUGCUGUCUUAUGCUUUUUUACAUGCACUUAAUAGCAGCCGUACAUACACUCGUAAUAUUAAGUAAGAAACAAACAGUCAUGUGUUUUGCAGUCAAAUACGCUUAAAUGCGUUAGUGACAUAUUAUGCUAACUGCUGGUAUAUGCUAAUAUGGCCCGACUCCGUAUUUGCGAGGUUAUUCUCUCUUUGGUUAACAUUUACAUGUUUGUUAAACAAGCAGCACGAUUAGCUUUCCAGAUAUUAACCCCCUGACUGCUAUCAAUGAGAUAACAGGGGUUAUUACUCGAGUUACAGCAGGUAAAAAUUCAGACUCCAUGGGGCACUGUACAGUCUACACAUGAGCUUCCCCGGCGGGGAGGGGCGAAGACGUGGCAGUCCUCUUCCAUCCACAUCCUGUGUUAUCUGACUCCUCUGCUUCAAUCCCUGUUAAACUUGGAAAAGACAGUCGGGAUGUAGGCGAAGAAGAUACUAGAACAAACUGUAGACAGAGAGGAGUGGCCUUCUAUCUAUUUCACUUCACAGAUGGAGCUACCAUUUUGGUGUUUAUUAUUGCUAAGCUGCCUACAGUCGCUUUCUGCCCACAAUGACUUCUUCACCUCUAUAGGUCAGAUGACAGACCUGUUAUACACAGAAAAAGACCUGGUCACCUCUCUGAAAGAUUACAUCAAAGCAGAGGAGAACAAGCUUGAGCAGGUCAAACGUUGGGCUGAUAAGUUGGACUCACUGUCGGCCACUGCCAUACAGGACCCCGAGGGCUUCCUGGGACACCCUGUUAAUGCCUUCAAACUGAUGAAGAGGCUGAACACAGAGUGGGGCGACCUGGAGAGUCUUGUGCUGAGUGACACCACUGAUGUAUUUAUUUCCAACCUGACCAUCCAGAGACAGCACUUCCCAACAGAUGAGGACCAGACCGGAGCAGCUAAAGCUCUCCUACGGUUACAAGACACAUAUAAACUAGAUGCCAACACAAUCUCUACAGGAGACCUACCUGGUGUGAAACACAAGAGCCGUAUGACAGUGGAAGACUGUUAUGAGCUGGGGAAAAUCGCCUAUUCUGAUGUAGACUACUACCACACGGAGCUGUGGAUGGCCCAGGCUCUGAGGCAGCUUGACGAGGGAGAGGAGUCGACAUUGGACAAGGUGACAGUGCUUGACUACCUGAGCUAUGCCAUCUACCAACAGGGGGAGAUAGAACGAGCACUGGAGUACACCAAAAGGCUACUUGAGCUGGAUCCAGAACACCAGCGUGCCAAGGGCAACCUGAAGUACUUUGAGUUCCAGUUGGAGAAGCAGAAAAAAGCUGAGGAGGAGUCAGGUCAAAUGCAAAAGGAGCGAGGGAAAAGGGAAACAACCGAAAAGGUGAAGAAGCCAAAAAAGAAGGCCAGCUUUAGUCUCAUCCCAGAAAGGAAGAAGUACGAGAUGCUUUGUCGAGGCGAAGGCAUCAAAAUGACACCCCGCAGACAGAGCCGGCUCUUCUGUCGAUAUUAUGACAACAACCACAACCCCCAUUAUGUGUUGGCACCUGUCAAACAGCAAGAUGAGUGGGACCGCCCCUACAUCGUCCGCUACCUUGACAUCAUCUCUGACAAAGAAAUCGAGAAGGUUAAGCAACUGGCAAAGCCACGACUACGCAGGGCCACCAUCUCUAACCCCAUCACUGGAGUGCUGGAGACAGCUUCAUACCGGAUCAGCAAAAGCGCUUGGUUGACUGGCUAUGAAGAUCCAAUGAUUGAUAGGAUCAACCAGAGAAUUGAAGAUCUCACAGGGCUGGAAAUAGACACAGCAGAAGAGCUGCAGGUUGCAAAUUAUGGUGUUGGAGGUCAAUAUGAGCCUCAUUUCGACUUUGGAAGAAAAGAUGAACCAGAUGCCUUUAAAGAGUUGGGCACUGGGAACCGCAUAGCCACAUGGCUCUUCUAUAUGAGUGAUGUAGCAGCUGGAGGAGCAACAGUAUUCCCAGAUGUUGGUGCAGCAGUGUGGCCACAAAAGGGCACUGCAGUGUUCUGGUACAAUUUGUUUGCCAGCGGGGAGGGAGACUACAGCACUAGACAUGCAGCUUGUCCAGUGUUGGUUGGCAACAAGUGGGUAUCAAACAAAUGGAUCCAUGAACGAGGCCAGGAGUGGCGGCGACCUUGUGGCUUAAAUGAAACCGAAUGAUAUGAAAAGGAAGCCUCUUCAGCAACUUUCGUGCUCCUCUCUCACCUUCCUUGUGAACUCUACACACAACCACAGAACACUGCUGCACACAUACAGAUACAGGGAGUUCAAAUGGCUCUCUCCCACUCCACAGAGACCUUUCUUGUUUUUUGACCCCAGCUGUUACACCCAGACUUUGUUUUGGUUAAUGUCAAGCCCCUUGACAGUAUUAGCAUUGCUGUGACUACAGAUAACAUGUUCUGAAGUUUGCUUGUUGGUUUUGAGAGACACUUGUGUCCUUCUCGCACUCCCAUGUGUCUUUUUUGCACUCUGUAUGAACUCAAACUCUGUGGUGACAUUAUCCUUCACUAUUGUCUCUAGGCAUCAGUUUGCUCCUCAUCAAUUUGCAGUGCAGUUUAAAGGUACAGCUCACAUUGUUAAGGGGCCUUCUAUCAUUUCAUGACUGGAGCACCUGGCUUGUGGUUUUAGACAACAUUUUAGGAUUACUUUGACCUUUUUUUUGACAUUUCAGACCAUAGAUGAGGAAAAAAAAGCAUCAGCUUCAAUAGUUUAUUUUUUGCCAACUGGCUUAUUUUCCAAGGGAAAUUUUCCUGCAUGUGUCGAUACAUGACAGGUUCACUGACUUUCUGUUUUCCUUAUUUCAUGUGGUAUUUAUCUUUUUUUAAGUAACUAUCUUUCAAAAAAAAAAAAAAAAAGUCAGUGCUCUGUGGAAAGAAUGAAAGGGCUCAGUACACAAAUAAGUAAGAUGUACUCUGCAAAAUGUGGCAUAUCUGACACAAAACACUUUCAGUACAAACUCUAGGUUUAUAAAUCAUGUUCUUUGCUGGUCUGCCUUAAUACCAUUGUAUUAGUUUUAACUUAAAUAUUGGCAAUAUGACAUUUUGUAAUGGCACUCUAACAUCUUGAUACAGACACCAUCAUGGAAAAAGUUUAUUUUGCAUAGAAACUAUUGUCUUUUACAGUUUUCAUCAGCUCAUUGCAUUGUACAGAUGUUACACUGCCAACACUCUAUCUAGGCAAUAGUGCUUGUCUAAAUUCUUAUCAAUAAUAUCAAAUGGCUCAAAUUUAAAGCCACUUUCAUCCUAUAAGUCCAGAUAAAAAUCUUUUUUAAGAUAUAAAAGCAAAAAUUGAAAUGAAAUAUCUGCCAAUGGGAUAAGAAUUUAUUUAUUGAAAUGAGACGUACUAAUUUAGCAAGGCAUCUCAUUUCUGGACACUAAAUGUGGGAAUUUUGUUUGCCCCAUUGGCAGAUUUUUUUUUAACUAUUAACUGUGCAGAUCUUAUCUUUUGCUUUUUACCUCAUCCAAUAAGAUUUUAAGCUGAGCUUGCCAGGUGAAAGUGGCUUAUUUUAAGCAUUAAAAGACAUUUUUACAAAGUAGACAUACUUGCUUAUGUUUUAUUUUCAGUGUUUUAUGUACCUGAAUAACCAUGAACUGUCACUAAACAAGCAAGACGAGCAACUAAAGAACAACAGUAUUUGGACAGUAAGUGAUGUGAAAGUGACUGAGCACACCAAAUAGAGUCCUGACAGAUUUUAAUGCCUUUUUAUUUUUUUUAUUCUGGGGUUGGCUUGCGGUUUUCAGUGAAAGAAUUUAUGAGUUUUCCAAGGAAGGAACUUUAUUUAUAUUUCCCAAGCAAAGAUUGUGUUGUUUUAAAUGAAAGUCUGCAAUUUUCUACAAUAAAGACUGUUAUAUUGAUCUCAAGUUAA